GUUAGACACACUACAUUAGCAGAAGUAGGCUGAGCAACUGCCUGACAGAUUCGGUUCGCAAGUUUGGAAAAACAUUGUCGGAAAUAAAACUACGUUUCCUCAAAAUCAAAGAAAAUGGCGCAGUGGUGCCAGCUUCAGAUGCUGGACUGCAAGUACCUGGAGCAGGUGGACCAGCUAUACGAUGACUCCUUCCCCAUGGAUAUCCGACAGUACCUGAGCAAAUGGAUCGAGAGCAUCGACUGGGACACGGUGGCGGUUCAGGACUCGCUGGCCACCGUCCGGUUCCACGACCUCCUGGCUCAGCUGGACGACCAGCACAGCCGCUUCGCCCUGGAGAACAACUUCCUGCUGCAGCACAACAUCCGCAAGAUCAAGAGGAACCUGCAGGAUCGGUUCCAGGAGGAUCCAGUCCACAUGGCCAUGAUCAUCUCCAGAAACCUGAAGGAGGAGGAGAAGAUCCUGGCCAAUGCAAAGAGCGCCGAGCAGGAGGGCGACGGGACGGUGUCGGCCAUGGUGGUGGAGAAGCAGAAGCUGGACAACAAAGUGAAGGAGAUGAAAGACAGAGUCCAGACCGUGGAUCAGAACAUUAAGAACGUGGAAGAUCUGCAGGACGAGUACGACUUCAAAAUCAACACACUGAAAAACAGAGAGAAUGAAAUGAACGGCAUGACGCAGAAGGAGCUGGAGAAAGAGAAGAUGCUGAUUGGGAGGAUGUGCUUCGAGCUGAAGGCCAAACGACAGGACGUGGUGAUCAGGCUGACCGACCUGCUGAACGUGACCCAGGCGUUACUGUCGGACCUGAUCUCCGAGGAGCUGCCGGAGUGGAAGCAGCGGCAGCAGAUCGCCUGUAUCGGGGGCCCGCCCAACGCCUGCGUGGACCAGCUGCAGAACUGGUUCACAGCAGUAGCAGAGAGUCUCCAGCAGGUCCGUCAGCACCUGAAGAAGCUGCAGGAGCUGGAGCAGAAGUUCACCUACGAAAGCGACCCCAUCACACAGAAGAAAGCUUUCCUGGAGGCCCGAGCUCUGGAGCUCCUCAAGAACCUCCUGUCCAACUCUCUGGUUGUGGAGAGGCAGCCCUGCAUGCCCACCCACCCACAGCGGCCCCUGGUGCUGAAAACAGGUGUCCAGUUCACCGUGAAACUCAGGUUCCUGGUGAAGCUGCAUGAGUUCAACUACCAACUCAAAGUCAAGGCUGUGUUUGACAAGGAUGUCACAGAGAAGAAAGGGUUUCGGAAGUUCAACAUUUUGGGAACAAACACCAAAGUCAUGAACAUGGAGGAGUCGAACGGCAGCCUGGCAGCAGAGUUCAGACAUUUGCAACUGAAAGAGCAGAAAGUGGCUGGGAACAGAACGAAUGAGGGUCCUCUGAUCGUCACCGAGGAGCUCCACUCGCUCAGCUUCGAGUCCGAGCUGCAGCUCAACCAGUCGGGACUCGACAUCAAACUGGAGGCCAUGUCUCUCCCUGUUGUGGUCAUCUCUAACGUCUGUCAGCUGCCCAGCGGCUGGGCCUCCAUCCUCUGGUACAACAUGCUCACCACCGAGCCCAAGAACCUGAAGUUCUUCCUCUCUCCCCCGCCGGCGAAGUGGUGUCAGCUGUCGGAGGUUCUCAGCUGGCAGUUCUCCUCCGUCACCAAGCGAGGCCUGAACCAGGAGCAGCUCAACAUGCUGGCCGACAAACUGCUCGGAGCCAAAGCCCAGAGGAACCCAGAGGGACUAAUCCCCUGGACCAAGUUCUGCAAGCAGCAAAGUGCCAAUGAGAAAACUUUUCCCUUCUGGUUGUGGAUCGAGGGGAUCCUGGAUCUGAUCAAGAGGCACCUGCUUCCCCUCUGGAACGACGGCUCCAUCAUGGGCUUCAUCAGCAAGGAGAGGGAGAAGGCUCUGCUGAGCGACAAGUGUCCGGGCACCUUCCUGCUCCGGUUCAGCGAGAGCAGCAGAGAAGGAGCCAUCACCUUCACCUGGAUCGAACACGACGUCCACGCCAAGCCGCUCUUCCACUCCGUGGAGCCGUACACAAAGAAGGAGCUGGGCGCCGUCUCCCUGCCCGACAUCAUCCGCACCUACAAGGUGAUGGCCGCCGAAAACAUCCCGGAGAACCCGCUCCGCUUCCUCUACCCCAACAUCCCCAAAGACAAGGCCUUCGGGAAGUACUACCCCAAACCCACAGAGACUCUGGAGCUGAUGGACGUGGAGAACACAGACAAGAGUGGCUACAUGAAGACGGAGCUCAUAUCAGUGUCGGAAGUGCAUCCGUCCAGACUGCAGGACAACAUGUUGCCCAUGUCUCCCGACGACUACAAGGUUUUGGAGCACUACGUGGGUCCCAGAGACAUCGAUGCUGUGGCCAGCAAUCUGAUUGGAUUUGGACAGUUUGACAUUCAGGUAGAUGCGGCUUUGAUCUGUUGUGUGUGUUCAGCUGCAGUCCAGCAUAACUGCAUACUCAUUAAAGGGACGUUCCACUGAUUUUAUGCGGAAGUGCAAAAAUUAAAUUACUGGAGUUUGUCCUUUCAAAAAAAGUGAUUGUAGACUUCAGUUCUCAUCAUAUGUCACUUUGUCUUACUACCGACUGAAUAACCUGUUCUGUUCUUUUCCU